UUCUCAAGUCGCAUACUCAACUAGUUAGAUAAGAAGCUCGAGUUGGUGACUAAAUAUUGAUUAAUAUAUUGCUUAACUUAUUGUGUCAGUGAAUUUGUCCGCAUCCGUUACCGAUAUAAACUGGUGCUAUUUGUUAACCAACCUCUGAUUCAUUUUCUUCUUUCCCAUUAUUAGACCUUUGUGAGGUGGCCUACUGUAUUCAGCUCAUAUUACCACUUUGCUUACCAAACUGCUAGUAAUCAAUACCAACGUCAUCACAUUCAUAUUAAGAUCAGGCAUUUGCUUUCCCCUAAUGCACUCAAUUCUGUUUCCACAAGUCUAUACACAUGACAUUUGCACUCAUGCUAAAGGGAAAUUUAUUCAUCGUUGGUUUAAUUUCCAUUGCAACAUUCUGCUGCUACUCAGAGGCUGCAGAAGGGAAGCUGCAGGGGCAGAGCAUGGAAGAGGCCUUAUCGUGCUUUGACAAUAAGCUCAUUUAUGUUGGGUGUGAAGAAGCAUAUAGAUUAGAUCCAUCUGGGAAUAUCAACAUACCUCCGGAGGCAACUGAUAUUUUCUGUAGUGGACCGUGCCUAACCGAAACACAGCUAAUGCUUAAUUGCAUUGAUAACAUACUCUCCAAUUUCAUAUUCUACAACAAAGCCACUGUACAACAGAUGAGAUAUGCACUGAACGCUGGCUGCAGCUACUCCAGACAAAGAGGGAAUUUCAAUUUGGGAGACUACAUUGGAGAGAUAAACAAUGCUGGCAAGUUACCAAUUUUGAUUAGAUCCUAUCACUUCAUCCUAGCAGCAGCAGCGGUUUAUGUAAUGUGAGAUGAUGUUCUAGCAGUAAGAAACAGAUAUACUCAUUUGACUUAUUUACAAGUUUCAAAAGGAUAAAGCUUCCUUGUAAGGUGCAUGGUAUUGUAUUGUCAAU